AUGGCGUUCAGCGGGAAAGCCCCGUACGCCCCGGACUAUGCGUCCUACGACUGGAUUGGAGCUCCUUCCAACUACGACCUUACCACCAAUAAAGACCUGGGCGGCGAUUCCCGUACCGAAAAUGUGAACAAAUGGUUUCAAUCGGGUGAUCAGGCCUAUAUCAUCGUGGCCUCGGCCAUGGUCAUGAUCAUGAUCCCCGGUCUUGGCUUUUUGUACUCGGGACUGGCCCGCCGAAAGUCUGCCCUCAGUAUGAUCUGGGCUUGUAUGGCUUCCUUUUCCGUCGUCACCUUCCAAUGGUAUUUCUGGGGUUAUUCACUGGCUUUCUCCCCGACCGCAACCAAUGGUUAUAUCGGCAAUAUGCGCAACUUUGGUUUAAUGAAGACCUUGGCUGAUCCGAGUCCCGGUUCUCCAUUGAUUCCUAACUUGCUUUAUGCAUUCUAUCAGAUGCAAUUCUGUGGUGUUACUGCAGCUAUCGUUAUGGGAGCUGUUGCUGAACGCGGUCGGCUUCUUCCCGCUAUGGUUUUCGUCUUCAUCUGGGCUACUAUCGUUUACUGUCCCCUCGCCUGCUGGGUCUGGAACGUCAACGGCUGGGCAUUCAAGUACGGCGUGCUGGAUUACGCCGGUGGUGGUCCCGUCGAAAUCGGUUCCGGUUUCACAGCUCUGGCCUACUCCAUGGUCCUCGGUCGCCGACAGGAACGCAUGAUGCUUAACUUCCGCCCCCACAACGUCUCCCUCAUCCUCCUCGGCACAGUCUUCCUCUGGUUUGGCUGGCUCGGUUUCAACGGUGGUUCCUCCUUCGGAGCCAACCUGCGCGCAACCAUGGCCUCCUGGAACACUAACCUGACUGGUGCCUUCGCCGCCAUCACUUGGGUUCUGCUCGAUUGGCGUCUGGCUCGCAAGUGGUCCAUGGUCGGCUGGUGUUCCGGUACUAUCUCAGGACUGGUUGCUGCGACCCCGGCCUCCGGAUUCAUCUCUCCCUGGGCCAGUGUCAUUCUCGGCAUUGUGACCGGUAUCGUGUGUAACUACUCCACUAAGAUUAAGUACUGGAUCCGCAUCGACGACUCUAUGGAUGUGUUGGCAGAGCACGGUAUCGCCGGAAUCGUCGGUCUGCUUUUCAACGCCUUCUUCGGCGACGACGCCAUCGUCGGCCUGGACGGUGUCAAUACCGGCACCGGUAUGGGCGGCUGGGUUAUCCACAACUACAAGCAGCUGUACAUCCAGAUCGCUUACAUCGUCGCUACCGCCUCCUACUCCUUCGUCAUGUCCGCCAUCAUCGCCUAUGCCAUCAACGCCAUCCCAGGCCUGAACCUGCGCGCCUCCGAGGAAGCCGAGCUCCUCGGUAUGGACGAUGAUCAGCUGGGCGAGUUCGCUUACGACUACGUCGAGGUCCGUCGUGACUACCUCGCUUGGACCCCUCAGAACCACGACCAGCUCGCAGACGGCCACCAGAUCCCCGCUGCGCAGCGCUACGGAAUCGGCGAACACAGUGAGAUGAUGCUCGGUAGCCCGCCGCGCGAGAUGAUGCUCGAGGGCCACCCGCCCAAUGGCGAGAUCAGCCAGAGCAGUCGUGGUGGCAGUGAGGGUGACAUGGCUAUGCACGAGAUCAAGAUCGCUCCUGCUCCUCGCCAGGCUGCUGAACAGCAGCCUCCCAAUGCUGAGCCCGUUGUGAUGACGCCAGUCCGAGAGAAGACGGAGAAUUAA